AUAUAGAAAGAAGCUGCCUAUUCCAGACAGGAAAAGAGCUGGUUAGCCGAUUACCAUCCUGAGUGACCAAAGUCCAAAGAAACCAACCCUUUAAGACAGAUUUAUUUUUUCCUACUGGGAAAGGGGCACUGGACUGAAGACGAUGGCCUGGUGGAAAGCUUGGGUUGAGCAAGAAGUUAUCACUGUGAAGGGCAGCCCUCACUUUAACCCUGACCCUGAUGCUGAAACACUGUACAAGGCCAUGAAAGGAAUUGGAACCAAUGAGCAGGCCAUCAUUGACGUCCUCACCAAGAGGAGCAAUGCACAACGCCAACAGAUCGCCAAAGCAUACAAGUCUCGGUAUGGAAAGGAUCUGACUGAGACCUUGAAAUCUGAACUGAGUGGCAAGUUUGAGCGACUCAUCACAGCCCUCAUGUACCCACCAUACAAAUAUGAAGCUAAGGAAUUACAUGAUGCCAUGAAGGGCAUAGGAACCAAAGAAGGUGUCAUCAUUGAGAUCUUGGCAUCUCGGACCAAGACCCAACUUCAGGAAAUCAUGAGAGCUUACGAGGAAGAAUAUGGUUCCAACCUGGAAGAAGAUAUUAAAUCAGACACCAGUGGAUACCUGGAGAGAAUCCUGGUCUGCCUUCUGCAAGGCAGCAGAGAUGAUGUGAGUGGUUUUGUGGAUCCAGGACUGGCACUCCAGGAUGCACAGGACCUGUAUGCAGCUGGAGAAAAGAUAAGGGGUACUGAUGAGAUGAAAUUUAUCACCAUCCUUUGCACCCGGAGUGCCACACACUUGAUGAGAGUGUUUGAUGAGUACCAGAAAAUUGCCAACAAGAGCAUUGAGGACAGCAUUAAGAGUGAGACCCAUGGUUCUCUGGAGGAGGCAAUGCUUACUGUGGUGAAGUGUACCCGGAACAUUCACAGUUACUUUGCAGAGAGACUGUACUAUUCCAUAAAGGGAUUAGGAACUCGGGAUGGCACCCUGAUCCGAAAUAUUGUUUCAAGGAGUGAAAUCGACUUAAACCUCAUAAAGUGUGAGUUUAAGAAGCUGUAUGGGAAGUCUCUUUCUAGCAUGAUCAUGGAAGACACCAGUGGAGAUUACAAGACAGCUCUGCUGAAUCUGGUUGGGAGCGACUCCUGAGGCUUCCAGAGAUGAAAGAGAAAUGUCAGAGAUGGGAAUUGGGAUGGAAACCAACAUAUUACAGGACACCAUUGUUGCCAAUACUGGGGAAUCAUACCCAAUAAGCUUUUAUUUACAAAGUUUCUAUUUUCUUUGUUUUUUACAAAAUCUCCAACCCUUUCAAGCUAGUAUUUCAGGCAGGAGGAGCCAAACAUUACCCACACAUAUAAACUGUCAAUCUAUCCACCUUCAUCCCAGCACAACCUCCACAAGAGAAUAUAGACCAGGCUGUGUGUCAAGCUGAGUAAGGAAACCUCAGGAGCUCAAUCAGUAAAAACUUGGUAUUAAAAACAAUCCCAAUACCAGGGUGUCUUUGAUAGCCCACAGGUGAGCAAAGCUCCACAUGAAACUAGCUGGAAGUUUUGAAUCUGGACGAUAGAAUUAAAUCCAUUUAAUUCAAGGCAAGUUAUCACAAGGAUCUAAUUAGGAAUGACUGAAAACAGAACAUAAUUUUAACUACUUGAAAUCGCCAGUAUCUUUUUUUUUUAACCAUCCUCAUCUAGAAAUCCUGGGAGAUUUCAUGACCUGAGAAGCUUAAGCUGAUCUAUUUUAUUUGCCAAAUCAGUUGCUGGGAGGGGAAGGGGGCACUGAAAGGAGGGUAGGGGUAGAGCAGAGAAAGGAAUUGCUAGAACCCAUUAGCAAUUGUUAACAGCAAUUAAAUUCUCAGGGAGAUUGACUUGUAUUUGUGACUUUACAAUAGGUGGCACUCUCUGCUGCAGAAUUUCUGAAUUCUUUGUUGUACUUUGCAAAUUAAUAAAGAUUUGUAUAUUAAAACCUAA